CCAUAAGUAGACAAGUGCAAACGAGAAGACAACACAACUAAAUGCACGAGCGGCUACAUCGGCAGCAGAACAAGCAGCAGCAAGCAAGCAGCAUAUAAAAACAGCAAAAGAGAAACGUUGCGAAAGUUUGCAAAUCACAUUAAAUUAGAACAGUAUUUGCAAGAAUCUCAAUGGAUUACAAGCCAGUGCCGACGGUUGUGGCUGCCGCCCCCUUUGAUGCGGCCGCCGAUGCCCAGACACUGAGGGCCGCCAUGAAGGGUUUGGGCACCGAUGAGCAGGAGAUUAUCGAUGUCCUCGCCGGUCGGAGCAACGCCCAGCGGCAAUUGAUUCGUGCGGUCUACGACGCAGAGUUCGAGCGGGAUCUGGUGGAUGACCUGAAGAGCGAGCUGGGCGGCAAGUUCGAGGAUGUGAUUGUGGCCAUGAUGCUGCCGCCCGUGGAGUACCUGUGCAAGCAGCUGCACUCGGCCAUGGCCGGCAUGGGCACCGAGGAGGGCACCCUCGUCGAGAUCCUGUGCACGAAGAGCAACGAGGAGAUGCAUCAGAUUGUGGAGGCCUACGAGGACAAGUACCAGCGUCCGCUGGCCGAACAAAUGUGCAGCGAGACAUCGGGCUUCUUUCGCCGUUUGCUCACGCUGAUCGUCACCGGUGUGCGGGAUGGACUCAACACGCCCGUGAAUGCUGACGAGGCCAAGGAGCAGGCCAACCAGCUGUAUGCCGCUGGCGAGGCCAAGCUGGGCACCGACGAGGAGGUCUUCAAUCGCAUCAUGUCCCAUGCCAGCUUCCCCCAGCUGCGGCUCGUCUUUGAGGAGUACAAGGAGCUCUCCGGCCAGACCAUUGAGCAGGCCAUCAAGCACGAGAUGUCCGAUGAGCUGCACGAGGCCAUGAUGGCCAUAGUGGAGUGCGUUCAAUCGCCGGCGGCCUUCUUCGCCAAUCGCCUAUACAAGGCCAUGAAUGGCGCUGGCACGGAUGACGCCACGCUCAUACGUAUAAUUGUGUGCCGCUCAGAGAUUGAUUUGGAGACGAUCAAGCUGGAAUUUGAGCGCAUCUACAAUCGCACCCUGCUCAGUGCCGUGGUGGAUGCGGAGACCUCGGGCGACUACAAGCGGGCUUUGACAGCCCUGCUGGGCGCUGCCUAAGCCACUGGUGCGGAAUCGUUUAUGCUUAUACGUAGUGUGCCUUCCUAGGAGUAGCGCUUUUAAUAUCUGCAAAUAUUCUUAAU